AUGCCCGCCCCAAGACGAUCAACCGGUGGCAGCCGUGCUCGUCCUGGGCCCGAAAAAGGCCAGUCGACAAUUAGCUUCGCCACACGAGUUACCAAGGCGUCCGCGCCCACAGACGUAAAGAAGGCAGUCUUGACCGACCCAGCGCCAAAGAAGGCAGAGGUGGUGCACAGCCCUACCGAGGACGAACUUGAGCAUGUAAAGGAUGACUCUAGCGAUGAGGAAGACGAUAGCACAGAAGAAGAAGAAGAGGAACAGGAAGAGGAACAAGAAGAGGGAGAAGACGGAGAUGUAGAGGACGAGGUGGAGGAGAAGCUAGAGCUGGAAGUCGGUCCCAUUCAAACAGUUAGUGACCCCGAGCCAGCUGUGCCGGCGGACGCUGAAAAGGAUGAGUCCGAUCUGCUGGCGGAGAGAAUGAAGGAUGCUGAAAUCAAGGAGUACUGGAUCGGGAUCCAGAGCGCUAGGCUUGCCGUUCCGGUGCACCAGGAGGGCUUGACUGUCUCGGAGAAGGUCCUGAGAUACUUUGACGUUUCGUCUCAGUACGGACCUUCCACCGGCAUCGACCGGAUCAAGCGAUGGAAGCGAGCUGAGCGGCUCGGCCUCAACCCUCCCAUUGAGGUUCUUGCCGUCCUUUGA